CCGACCCGCUCAAACUCUGCUCCCCGUGCGAUUCUGUUUCUCUCUGCCACACGCAGAACUCGAUUAAAUUCUCCCAGUGUCGUGACGUGAGUUAUCUAGUUUUUUGCGAAAACCAUGGAUGUUGAUCACUAUAAUGUGCUGGGGCUACCUUCUGGGGAGGAAGGGGCGAAGCUAACUGAAAAAGAAAUAGCGAAAGCGUAUAAACUGAAGGCUUUAGUGUUGCAUCCGGAUAAGAGGCCGGAUGAUCCGAACGCUCAUGAAAAUUUCCAGAAGCUGAAGUUGUCAUACGAGGUUCUCAAGGAUGAGAAAGCCCGUAAAUUGUUUGAUGAUCUUCUUCGAGCUAAAAGAGAGCAGCGUGCCCGUCGGGGUCAGCAGGAUGCCAAGAGGCGGAGGAUGGUAUCUGAUCUUGAAGAAAGGGAACGUGCUGCAUUUGCUGCUGAUCCUGCUGAAGUGGAAAAAAGGAGAGUAGAGAAGAUUGACAAGGAGUUGAGAGCACAAGUGGAUAAAAUAAGAGCCAUGUUUGCGAACAAAGGUGUGCCUGUGGUGAAGAAAAAGACGGUGGGAGUAAAGGAGAGUAGGAUUGAGGAAGAUGAGAAGAAAAUACUUAAUGUUAGAUGGGAAAAAGUGGAUAGCGAGGGCUAUAGUGCUGAGAGGCUGAGAGAGUUGUUUUCGAAGUUUGGUGAGGUUAAAGAUGUUGUUAUUAGAAGUAACAAGGAAAAGAAAAAAAGAGGCCAAGCUCUUGUUGAAAUGGCAACUGAAGAAGCAGCUGUUGCUGCUUUGGGGAAUGUGUAUGGAAAUCUUUCAAAUCCUCUUCUAGUUUUACCUUAUGGAAAAAAGGUCGCAGCAACAACGAUUCCCACAAGGGAAUCUGAUGGCCUAAACAUUUUUUCUGGGAUUAAUCAUCAAGCUUAUGAAGACAACAUCUUAGAGAAGCUCCAAAAGGCUGCAGAAAACCAACGGCAAAAGGCAUGACUGUUCAUUCAGAGGAAAUACUAGAAAUGUUGUAUUUGUGGUUAUGCUCACGAGCUAAGGGCAGUUUCCCAUGUGAUUGGAGCAUGGUGGGAACUUAAAGAAUGCAUUUUCUGAGCAAGAACUUGCUCCUAAAGGCCUGGAAAAGAAACCAAAGAAUGCGAUUUCAAAUAAUUUUUCCCUGCUCUCCAGAUCUGAAUUAUAACUAUUCUUGUUCUAUUUGUAUGGAUUAUUUUACUUAUUUAACUUUCUAAAAUUGGGCAAGUUCUUGAAAAGACGCAGAGGACUGGCUUUGAAGUCUGCACUGUAUAUUAUGCCUCCAAGCAGGUCUGCCAAUUCCAUCUAUGAAGAGUGCGAUUAUGAAAAUACAUACUUCCAAUCGAUUGGGAAACCUUGGUGUAAACUUGUAAAUGUGCUGGCUAUUUUAGCUGAAUAUUGACAUAUCAUUUUAUGUUGUCCCUCAGCAAUAAGAAUUGGAUCUAUAAAAUAGAUGUUUUGCAAUCUUUA